AUGAAUUUUUUUGGAAUUAUUAAAAAGAAAUCUGUUUUUAUGAUUCCAAAAUUGGUUUUAAAUGUCACAAUAAUAUUGUUAGUUGUAUUGUAUGUAACAUUACUUGGAUAUUUACGUUUCACAAAUUCAAUAUUAUUUGUAAAAUUUUUAGAACAUCAAACAAAUGUUGAAUUAUUUGUUGGAAAAACAAAAAUAAAAAUGGAAGAAGUUAUUUUAUUUUCAUGUACAUUGUCUUUUCUUAUCCUUCAAUUAUGGUUUUAUAAAAUUAUUUAUAGUUCUUAUAAAAAAAUUUUAGAACAUGAAGUUAGGAUAGAUGUUAUCACAAAAAUAUUUAUGUUAAUGCCAAUGGAUGAUAAGUAA